CAUGCAUGUGUACAGCUGCAAGUCAGAGAAGUGCAGUAUCCAAAAGGCAAAGUGUUCAUCAUGAAUAUUGGCCUUUUCUGUUGUCGCUAGACUAACAUCUUAAAAAGUGUACCUGUUUACCCUUGCUACAUAUGUAAGAAAAAAGGAGCAUCGAUUGGCUGCAGCAUUAAGAGUUGCCGCAGAAGUUUUCACUAUCCCUGCGGUACUGAAAACCAAUGUGUCUUCCAGUUUUUUGAACAAUAUGCGUCAUUCUGCGGAGAACAUAGGCCGGUUCAGUUGGUUCGUUCAAAAAGAAAGCAUACAGUGUGUGCCGUCUGUCUUGAUGCUGUUAUACCAAAGGCCUGCUAUGAUGUCAUCAAGAGUCCUUGUUGUAAACACACUUGGUUUCACAGACAUUGCCUUCAGAAACAUGCUCUGAGUGCAGGCUUAUUCUUCUUCAAGUGUGCAAUCUGCAACAGUAAGGACACGUUUCAGCAGGAAAUGCUUCGUGUUGGUAUACAUAUUCCAGAGCGUGAUGCUUCAUGGGAACUUGAGGAAAAUGCAUUCAGUGAAUUACUACAGAGGCAUCAGUACUGUGAUGCAGAAGAGUGUCUUUGUGAAAUGGGGAGAAAAUUUUGCCAGUCCAAAAGUAAGUGGGAUAUAGUUCGAUGCUACUACUGUGGCUCUAGAGGAACACAUGUGACCUGUUCUGCCCUGGGAAGUACCAGACGACGUUGGACCUGUCCAGAAUGUCAUGCCAUCUUAAAGCGCAGAGCAGAUAUUGCUUCUUCAAGUACGGGAAUUGUGCCAGAGAGAAAACCUGGAGAAGGAGAUAAUGAUAUAGAUAUCCAACAUAUUAGUACAGCCUCUAGCCUGUCAGCAGACAGUUCUGGGACAGAGAGUACAUCAGAAAUGCCAAAGACUGAGCGGGUUCCAAUAUAUUUUACCAGGAGUGCUAGAAGAGCUGCUUAUAGGAGAAGACUUGAUGAACCAGAAAUGGAAGUUAACAGUUUUUUUGAUAUUCGAAUGGACACAAUUGGAAAUGAAAUACCGCAGGUUACAUACAAAAAAAGAAGGCUAUGCAUGUGAUAUUACCAUUUAGAAGUAAGUAGCAGUGUUACAGAGCUGUGACAUUUCAUUAAUGUUUGAAGCUCUGCACAUCGUAAACCGUCCGGCACUGGAAGCACAAAAUGUCAAGAACCAGACCUCCAUGAAUAAGUAAAGUCAAACAAGUCAAGAGCUAUACUCAAUCGGAAUUCUAAAAUUCAUGAUUUUUUUAGCAUCACAGCUACGUUACUUGACAGGAAGGGCCCUAAAAUGCUAAGCCAGGUUGAAUAUAGAUACUGUCAUCCCCUGUGAGGUAGAACCUUUCAUCUACCGUGGAAAUUGGUGAACUAAGUAAAACAGUUUUCAUCCAUUGUGAUAGACAAGGUAUAUUUUAGGUCUGUUACUGUACAGUUUUGCACUUGCAGUAAAUGUACACUACUACAUUUUGAAGGGACUCUUGUGAUUUGAAUUGAGAGACUAUCUUUUAAAUUUUGAAAUUAUAAUAGCCUACAACAGUAAGCUGGUCAUUGUGAAUGUGAUUUGACAAUUAAUUCACUGAAUAAUGUAGAUCUGUGGGUUUUAGUGUGAGGUGAAAACUCAAAUAAGCUUUAUUUUUAUUUUGCCCUUUAGUUUCUGAGAAACAUUACAAAGUUUAAAAUCACUAACAGUUGUGGACUGGUCUUUGAAAUGGAUAGGUUUAUGUAUAGUGAUUAUGUAAUAAUGAUUGUAUUGUGUCUAACCAUAAUUGUCACAUUGCGAAAAUAAAGAUCAAGAUCGCAUUGCAUAAUGAAAUAAAGAGCAUGUUUCAAAACA